AUCAAUUACUGCCAGGGCCUUUAUUUGUCACGUCCAUACAUGCCUUCCGAAGCAGCACCGAGUGCAGACACCAAACCGAACAAGCUUGAAAACUUGUUCUCGGAUGAUAGCUCUACUGACGACACAGAUUCCGAAAACGAUCAGUUAAUUAUACCUGCUGCCAGCUCGAGAAAAAGACAAAAACUAGCUCCGAAAACACAGGAAGCAAUCAACACAAUCAAGGAAACCAAUGAUGACAACGAAUUUGAAGAAGGUGAGCUGGUGAAGAUACCACUAGAUAGACCAAGUGACUUUAUCCCUGAUGCAGUAUCUCAUAUUUUUGCCAACAGUGAUUUUUCAUACUUGAAAUUGAAACCUGACCAUUCAGCUCGUCCUAUCUGGAUCAGUCCAUCCGAUGGCAAGAUAUACCUUGAAAGUUUCUCACCUUUAUCGGAGCAGGCUCAAGAUUUUUUGGUCACCAUUGCAGAACCCGUCAGUAGGCCCAGUUUUAUGCAUGAAUAUAAGAUCACGACACACUCUUUAUACGCCGCAGUUUCGGUUGGAUUGGAGACCGAUGACAUAAUUUCGGUUUUGAACCGGUUGUCGAAGGUGCCAGUGGCGACGUCAGUUGUCGAAUUCAUUAAAGCAGCCACACACUCCUAUGGUAAGGUCAAAUUAGUUUUAAAGCACAAUAGAUACUUCGUUGAAUCUUCUUCGGCCGAAAUUUUGAGAAUGUUGUUAAAGGACGAUGUGAUUGGCAAGUUGAGAUUACAGACUGUGGAUGAAGUUAAUGGCGCUUCUGAUGGUUUAGUUGAAACACAAGCUCCAAAGCAAGGAAAUUUGGUCAUUCCAGGUACGAAAAAGAAUCAUGAAAACAAAAACUCUAAAGAGAAAGGGACGGAUGCCAAGAAUGAGACUAAAAAGAAAGAAUUUGUAGAAGGUGUGGAAGACAUCUAUGCUGAUGUGAUUGCUGAUGCAGAAGAUGAAAAUGCGGAUGAUACUGUUCAUUCCUUCGAAGUAGCUGCUGAGAACGUCGAGACAGUGAAAAAGAGAUGUCAAGAAAUUGAUUACCCAAUGUUGGAAGAGUACGAUUUCAGGAACGAUACAAGGAACCCCGACUUGGAGAUUGAUUUAAAACCCUCCACACAGAUUAGACCGUAUCAGGAAAAAUCGUUGAGUAAGAUGUUUGGUAACGGACGUGCAAGAUCGGGUAUCAUCGUCUUACCUUGUGGUGCUGGAAAAACCUUGGUUGGUAUCACUGCAGCCUGCACCAUUAGAAAAUCGAUCAUUGUUUUAUGUACCUCUUCUGUUUCCGUGAUGCAGUGGAGGCAACAGUUUUUGCAAUGGUGUACCAUUCAGCCUGAAAACGUCGCUGUUUUCACAUCGGAAAAUAAACAAAUGUUUCGGGGCGAGUCAGGCUUAGUGGUGUCUACUUAUUCCAUGGUGGCAAAUACUCGAAAUAGAUCCCAUGACUCUCAAAAAGUGAUGGAUUUCUUGACGUCCAGAGAAUGGGGUUUUAUUAUCUUAGAUGAAGUGCACGUUGUUCCUGCUGCAAUGUUCAGAAGAGUUGUUACCGCCUUGGCAACACAUGCGAAAUUGGGAUUGACUGCUACUCUAGUUAGAGAAGAUGAAAAGAUUUCUGAUCUUAAUUUCCUUAUUGGUCCUAAGAUGUAUGAAGCAAAUUGGAUGGAGCUUUCUCAAAAGGGUCAUAUUGCUAAAGUGCAAUGUGCUGAAGUUUGGUGUCCUAUGACAAGUGAGUUCUAUCAAGAAUAUCUAAGGGAGAGUGCACGUAAGAGAAUGUUGUUGUAUAUUAUGAAUCCAACUAAGUUUCAAGCGUGUCAAUUUUUGAUCCAAUACCAUGAGAGUCGGGGAGAUAAGAUUAUUGUCUUUUCAGAUAACGUUUAUGCCCUUCAAGAGUAUGCUCUCAAAUUGGGUAAGCCCUUCAUUUUCGGUUCGACUCCUCAACAAGAAAGGAUGAAUAUUUUGCAGAAUUUCCAAUAUAAUGAUAGAGUUAGCACAAUUUUCUUAUCAAAGGUUGGUGAUACGUCUAUCGAUUUGCCAGAAGCAACAUGUUUGAUUCAAAUCUCAUCGCAUUAUGGUUCAAGAAGACAAGAAGCACAACGGUUAGGACGUAUUUUACGUGCCAAGCGUAGGAAUGAUGAAGGUUUUAAUGCAUUUUUCUAUUCCUUGGUUUCUAAAGAUACACAAGAAAUGUACUAUUCCACGAAAAGACAAGCUUUCCUUGUUGAUCAAGGUUAUGCUUUCAAAAUUAUCACUCACUUGCAUGGUAUGGAGGAACUACCAAACCUUGCAUAUGCCUCUCCCAAAGAACGUAGAGAAUUGUUGCAAGAGGUUCUAUUGAAGAAUGAAGAGGCAGCUGGCGUGGAAAUGGGUGAAGACGCAGAUAAUUUGAUUGGACAUGGAGUUUCCAGGAGACUCAAAUCCAGCUCUGUGAAGAACCAAGCUUCUAUGGCUGGUCUCGCCGGAGGUGAAGAUAUGGCAUAUGUUGAGUAUUCCAGAAAUAAAAACAAAGAUUUGGGUGUUUCCCAUCAUCCAUUCUUUGAAAAGAACUAUUACAGAAGGACGAAGAGAUAAGUAUAUUUUGUUUCCACGCUUCAAAAUUUGUUCAUCACCUCCCUGCCAUAACAAAAUUACAUUUAAAUUUUUGCUACAUAGUUUACAUCAUUAACACAUAAAUAUAUACGAACGUAUUGCCUAUUACAUCGAAUCCUAUACAUUUUAAAUAUUAUACACAAUAAAUAAUACACGCAAAAGAAAGGUGAAUCACUCCUCCUGUGAUUCUGCAUCUAACUGUUGCUUUAAUUCUUGACUUACCUCCACAGCUGUGUUUUCCAAAUCCGUCAUAACGUCACUUUUGAAGCUUACAACAUAAUCCAAACACUGGGCUAUGUCGCAGACCAACUGUGUACGAUUUUCGCUGAUCAUUGAAAUGGUCUUUUUAUAGUCUCGCUGA